UUUACACCACAGUAACUUCCUUGGGUACAUAUUUUUUUCCGUAAUUACAUAUGAGGUGCUAGACCUUUGAUCUGACAUUUAAUUGAUUGUUUUCAACUGUCAAGAAAAGAAAAAUGGUUUAUUUCGUUACCAUGGCAGAUAUCGAUUAUUACAAAUAACAUUUAAGUACCGAAGUGCCUGUCAGUACCCCUUACGUACAAAGUUUAGUGUUUAGCAAAAGAUAUGUCCGAUUUCAAACAGGAACGCGUAGAUGUGGAGUUCGACAAUUUCAUGUACAGGGUGCACGAAGUUAACAGCAUCGUUAAAAAACUUGCGUCCAAAGACAAAAUCCUGAAUCACAUGGGCACUUUGGAAGCCGACAAGUUCCUAAAGGACAGCGGAAAAAAAUUGCCAGAAGAUAUAAGCGAAGAUGAUAUACAGGUUCAAAUAAAAACCGACAAAUCCGUUAUUAAUCACGAAGCUUUCAGAAGGGAGGACAAUCCGGAAACGAUGUCCCAGGAACAGUUUAUGAAACAAGUUGAAAAAGAUGCAAAUCAAAGGUUUCAAGAUAGGCAGAUAAAGAAAGAGAAGUGUGAAACUUUAAAAACUCAAGCUGUUAAAGCGUUUCGACGGGGUGAAUUUGAAAAAGCUCUCAGCUGUUACAAUAAGGUCGACUUCAAAGAAUUAUACGACGAAGCAAUUGUAAACUGCGAAACUGCAUUGAAAUUAAACGAAAAUUUACUGAAAGCUUGGCUCUUGCUCUCCAAGGCGCAUUAUCUUAGUGAAAAUUACGAAUCAUUCAAAAAUUCUAUUGUAGAAGCAAAAGAAAGAAACAAAACUAAAUGCGAGUUUAUUGAAGAAUAUGUAGCAGAAUUCACAGGGAAAAAGAACGCUGAUAUAAUAAAUAAACACGAAAGUGAUAACGAAAAUGAAUCAGGCGAUAAAAGCUGUAACAACGAAGAAAAUAAUGAAGAACCUGAUGAAGAAGAAGCAAAUAAUGACGAGUUAUUAUAAAUGUUUAAUAUUGUUUUAAAAUACUUUAUGUACACAUAUUUAUAUAUAAACUAAAUUGUAGCAUUAUUUUUAUUCUUCCAUAACUCCACAAUUUUGCCUGUAACUAUACAUCGGUUUUCAUUCAUCAUUUGAAUGUACAGUCUCGUAUAAAUACCCUGGAUAGCUAGUUAUAGUGUAAAAAUCAAAAUUGUCUCCCGAUAUUUCGGUUUAGGGGUGGAGGGAGGGGCUUAGUCGUGCGUUACGAUUCCAUUUCAUGGAAGGAGAAAGGGAAUUACGUAAUAAUUUAAACUCAAUUUCCCACUAAUUUUUGGUAAUUAAUCGAAUCAGUGUAUUUUUUUUUUUCAAUUUUCAUCUUUUACUCCAUAUACGUAGUUAAUAAACAAGAAAUACGUAAAUUUUAAGAUCAGCACUAUGUAUUUUUGUAGAAAGUUCAUAAAUUUUGUAAAUCACUGUACAUCAGUUUCCAGACGCCGUUUGCAUGUACAGUGUCAUACAAAAAUUAUUAUAACUUUAUAUAAUUUGACUUUUAUAUAAAAUUUAG